AUGAUUCUUAUGUCUUUCUCACUUAUAUCAAUGGUCAUAUUUGCUAGUGGUGAUGAUGAAGGAUCAAGCAAGAAAAGAUACAGAGGCGGCGGUGGUGGUGGUGGUGCAGCUUGUGGUGGUGGUGGAGGUUGUGGAGGUGGCGGUUGUUAG